UUUUUUUUUUUUUUUUUUUUUUUUUUUUUGGUCUGCCUUCUUUCAAGAAUGGUGUCAACCCUUAAUAACACCUAGCCUAAAGAAUCCCAGGGUUGAUUCCCAACCUCGCCAAAUUUGUGGGGCUCCCACCACUUGCCCACAUUCCCUGGCAGCUUGGCAGCUUCGCAGCUUCGGGCAGUUGGAGUUUCCGGUCCUCGCUCCUUUCUGCCGGAGGUCAGCGGCCCCGGGCAGAGCGCGCCGUCUGCCCGAGUAUCCCGAGGCCAUUUCCGCGCUGGGUCCACGCCCUCCUCUCCCGCCGCUGCCUGCGUGCCAGGCCGGGCGCGGGUUGGCGGGGCUGGCCGCAGCGGCUCGGAGCUUGGGCCCUCCCCCGGGGUGAUUUCAGCGCAGAAGGUGGAAAUGCGGAAGUUUCCAGUGCCGACUGACAGAUGAGGGUUGCGCCUGGCUCCGCAAGCUCCGCAGCGACUCUGCUGCGCGCCGGGGCCCCGCUCUCCGCACUCCGCGACCCUAGAAGCCACCACGCCGCCGGCGGGUCAUGGCCACUCUGCCAAGCGCAGAGCGCCGCGCGUUCGCGCUCAAGAUCAACAGGUAUUCUUCAGCGGAAAUAAGGAAACAGUUUACUCUCCCACCAAACCUUGGCCAGUACCAUCGACAGAGCAUAAGCACCUCUGGCUUCCCCUCUCUUCAACUACCUCAGUUUUAUGACCCUGUGGAGCCGGUGGACUUUGAAGGACUUCUAAUGACACACCUGAACACUCUGGAUGUGCAGCUUGCCCAGGAGCUCGGGGACCUCACUGAUGACGACUUGGAUGUGGUGUUCACACCAAAGGAAUGUAGGACUUUGCAGCCCUCUUUGCCAGAGGAAGGGGUUGAACUGGACCCUCACGUCAGGGACUGUAUUCAGACCUACAUCCGGGAGUGGCUAAUCGUGAACCGGAAAAAUCAAGGAAGUCCAGAAAUUUGUGGCUUUAAAAAGACUGGAUCUCGAAAAGAUUUUCACAAGACGCUUCCGAAGCAGACGUUUGAGUCGGAAAGCUUGGAGUGCAGUGAACCCGAUGCUCAGACGGGCCCCCGCCACUUAAACGUGCUGUGCGAUGUGUCUGGGAAAGGCCCCCUCACUGCCUGUGACUUUGACCUCCGCAGCCUGCAGCCUGACCAGCGGCUAGAAAACCUCCUGCAGCAAGUAAGUGCCGAGGACUUUGAGAAGCAGAAUGAGGAGGCCCGGAGGACCAAUCGGCAGGCCGAGCUCUUUGCCCUUUACCCAUCAGUGGAUGAGGAGGAUGCUGUGGAGAUACGUCCGGUACCAGAAUGUCCCAAGGAACAUCUGGGCAACAGAAUAUUGGUCAAGUUGCUGACCUUAAAGUUCGAGAUCGAAAUUGAGCCUCUAUUUGCCAGCAUUGCCCUCUACGAUGUUAAAGAAAGGAAAAAGAUCUCAGAAAAUUUUCACUGUGACCUGAACUCUGACCAGUUCAAAGGAUUUCUGCGAGCUCACACACCUUCGGUGGCCGCAUCAAGUCAGGCAAGAUCUGCAGUUUUCUCGGUCACCUACCCGUCCUCAGACAUCUACCUGGUAGUCAAGAUUGAAAAAGUCCUACAGCAGGGAGAGAUUGGAGACUGUGCAGAGCCCUACAUGGUUAUCAAAGAAGGUGAUGGGGGAAAGAGUAAAGAAAAGAUUGAAAAACUAAAACUCCAAGCUGAAUCUUUCUGCCAGCGUUUGGGGAAAUACCGGAUGCCCUUUGCCUGGGCACCCAUAAGCUUAUCCAGCUUCCUCAAUGUCUCCACCCUGGAGAGGGAGGUAACCGAUGUGGACCCUGUGGUUGGGAGAAGCUCAGCAGGUGAACGGAGGACUUUGGCCCAAUCUAGACGGCUUUCUGAAAGAGCCCUCUCCUUGGAGGAAAAUGGGGCUGGAUCCAACUUCAAAACCUCCACCCUGAGCGUUAACAGCUUUUUCAAGCAGGAAGGAGAUCGCCUUAGUGAUGAAGACUUAUUCAAGUUUUUAGCUGACUACAAAAGAUCUUCAUCCUUACAGAGACGAGUCAAGUCAAUUCCAGGCUUGCUCAGACUGGAGAUUUCUACAGCUCCAGAGAUCAUCAAUUGCUGUCUGACUCCUGAAAUGCUGCCUGUGAGACCCUUUCCUGAAAACCGGACACGCCCACACAAAGAGAUUUUGGAAUUUCCAAUACGAGAAGUGUAUGUCCCUCAUACUGUGUACAGAAAUCUUCUCUAUGUGUACCCACAGAGGCUGAACUUUGCUAACAAACUAGCAUCAGCCCGGAACAUUACAAUAAAGAUCCAGUUUAUGUGUGGAGAAGAUGCUGGCAACGCAAUGCCGGUUAUCUUUGGAAAGUCCAGCGGGCCUGAAUUUCUGCAGGAAGUAUACACAGCCAUUACAUACCAUAAUAAGUCUCCUGACUUUUAUGAAGAAGUGAAAAUUAAGCUCCCUGCUAAGCUCACAGUAAAUCACCACCUCCUGUUCACCUUCUACCAUAUCAGCUGUCAGCAGAAGCAAGGAGGCUCCGUGGAAACUCUCCUGGGAUAUUCAUGGCUGCCAAUUCUCUUAAAUGAACGUCUUCAAACUGGAUCAUACUGUCUCCCAGUUGCCUUGGAAAAAUUGCCACCCAACUACUCCAUGCAUUCUGCUGAGAAAGUCCCCUUACAGAAUCCUCCCAUUAAGUGGGCUGAAGGACAUAAGGGAGUAUUUAAUAUAGAAGUGCAAGCUGUUUCUUCUGUGCAUACCCAGGACAACCACCUGGAGAAGUUCUUCACCCUCUGCCACUCCCUGGAGAGCCAGGUGACCUUCCCCAUCCGCGUGCUGGAUCAGAAGAUCAGCGAGACGGCACUGGAGCACGAGCUGAAGCUCAGCAUCAUCUGCCUGAACUCCUCCCGCCUGGAGCCGCUCGUGCUCUUCCUGCACCUGGUGCUGGACAAGCUCUUCCAGCUGUCUGUGCAGCCCAUGGUCAUCGCUGGCCAGACAGCCAACUUCUCCCAGUUUGCCUUCGAGUCCGUGGUGGCCAUCGCCAACAGUCUGCACAACAGCAAGGACCUGAGCAAGGACCAGCACGGGAGGAACUGCCUGCUGGCUUCCUAUGUGCACUACGUCUUCCGCCUGCCGGAGCCACAAAGGGACAUGCCCAAGUCAGGUGCUCCCACUGCCGUCCCCGACCCCCGCUAUCACACGUAUGGACGCACAUCAGCUGCUGCCGUGAGUUCGAAGCUGCUGCAGGCCCGGGUGAUGAGCAGCAGUAACCCGGACCUUGCGGGGACACACUCCGCAGCAGACGAAGAAGUGAAGAACAUCAUGUCUUCAAAGCAUUUCCAUGAGGAGCUUGCCCUCCAGAUGGUAGUCAGCACUGGAAUGGUGAGAGAAACAGUCUUCAAGUACGCCUGGUUUUUCUUUGAGCUUCUGGUGAAAAGCAUGGCCCAGUAUGUACAUAACAUGGACAAACGGGACAGUGUUCGGAGGACUCGUUUUUCUGACCGUUUCAUGGAUGACAUAACUACUAUUGUUAAUGUGGUCACCUCGGAGAUUGCAGCCCUGUUAGUAAAACCGCAGAAGGAAAAUGAACAGGCGGAAAAGAUGAACAUCAGCCUGGCUUUCUUCUUGUAUGACCUUCUCUCCCUCAUGGAUCGGGGCUUUGUGUUUACCCUCAUCAGACAUUAUUGCAACCAGCUGUCAGCCAAGCUCAAUAACCUUCCAAUGCUCAUUUCCAUGAGGCUGGAGUUCCUGCGAAUCCUCUGUAGCCAUGAACAUUACCUCAAUCUGAACCUUUUCUUUAUGAAUGCUGAUACUGCUCCAACAUCUCCCUGUCCUUCCAUAUCUUCUCAGAACUCAAGCUCCUGCUCCAGUUUCCAGGACCAGAAGAUCGCCAGCAUGUUUGAUCUGACUUCCGAGUACCGCCAGCAGCACUUCCUCACUGGGCUUCUCUUCACAGAACUGGCUGCUGCCUUGGAUGCCGAAGGGGAAGGAAUCAGCAGAGUGCAAAGGAAAGCUGUCAGUGCCAUCCACAGCCUGCUAAGUUCUCACGAUCUGGACCCACGCUGUGUCAAACCAGAGGUGAAGGUCAAAAUCGCUGCCCUGUACCUGCCUUUAGUUGGCAUCAUUUUGGAUGCUUUGCCACAGCUCUCUGACUUUGCAGCUCUGCGUCAUUGGAAAAGUCGCACCAGUGGCUCAGAUGAAGAACAAGAAGGACCCAGUGCCAUCAACCAGAACGUGGCUCUGGCCAUAGCAGGGAAUCAUUUCAAUUUGAAAACAAGUGGAAUGAUGCUGUCUUCCUUGCCCUAUAAGCAGUACAACAUGCUGAACGCGGACACCACCCGCAGCCUCAUGAUCUGCUUCCUCUGGAUCAUGAAAAAUGCUGAUCAGAGCCUCAUUAGGAAGUGGAUUGCCGACCUGCCAUCAGUGCAACUCAACAGAAUUUUAGAUAUACUUUUCAUCUGUGUCUUCUGUUUUGCAUACAAGGGAAAACAGAGUUCUGACAAAGUCAGUACCCAAGUCUUGCAGAAGUCAAGGGAUGUCAAGGCCCGGCUGGAAGAGGCUUUGCUCCGUGGGGAAGGGGCCAGAGGGGAGAUGAUACGCCGCCGAGCUCCAGGGAAUGACCGAUUUCCAGGACUAAAUGAAAAUUUGAGAUGGAAGAAAGAGCAGACACAUUGGCGGCAAGCUAAUGAGAAGCUAGAUAAAACAAAGGCAGAGUUAGAUCAAGAAGCCUUGAUCAGUGGCAAUCUGGCUACAGAAGCAAAUUUAAUCAUCCUGGAUAUGCAGGAAAACAUUAUCCAGGCAAGCUCGGCUCUGGACUGUAAAGACAGCCUGCUGGGAGGUGUUUUGAGAGUGCUGGUGCGUUCUCUGAACUACGAUCAGAGUACCACCUACCUGACUCACUGCUAUGCAACACUCCGCGCCCUCAUUGCCAAGUUUGGAGACUUACUCUUUGAAGAGGAGGUGGAACAGUGUGCCAACCUGUGUCACCAAGUCCUGCACCACUGCAGCAGCAGCAUGGAUGUCACCCGGACCCAAGCCUGCGCCACGCUUUACCUCCUCAUGAGGUUCAGUUUUGGAGCCACCAGUAACUUUGCAAGAGUAAAGAUGCAAGUAACCAUGUCGCUGGCAUUUUUGGUGGGCAGAGCACCAGACUUUAAUGAAGAGCACCUGAGAAGAUCCUUGAGGACAAUUUUGGCCUAUUUAGAAGAGGACACGGCCAUGCAGAUGACUCCUUUUCCCACCCAGGUGGAGGAACUUCUCUGUAAUCUGAAUAGCAUCUUAUAUGACACGGUGAAAAUGAGGGAAUUUCAGGAAGAUCCUGAGAUGCUUAUGGAUCUCAUGUAUAGAAUUGCCAAGAGUUACCAGGCAUCUCCUGAUCUGCGGCUGACCUGGCUCCAGAACAUGGCAGAGAAACACACCAAGAGGAAGUGCUACACGGAGGCCGCCAUGUGCCUGGUGCACGCCGCUGCCUUAGUGGCUGAGUAUCUGAGCAUGCUGGAGGACCACAGCUACCUGCCCGUGGGCAGUGUCAGCUUCCAGAAUAUUUCUUCCAAUGUGCUGGAGGAGUCUGUGGUCUCUGAUGACACGCUGUCGCCUGACGAGGAUGGAGUGUGUGUAGGCCAAUAUUUCACCGAGAGCGGCCUGGUGGGCCUCCUGGAGCAGGCAUCAGAGCUCUUCAGCACGGGAGGCUUAUAUGAGACGGUUAAUGAGGUCUACAAGCUGGUGAUCCCCAUCCUAGAAGAACAUCGAGAAUUCCGGAAGCUGACCUUGAUUCACAGCAAGCUGCAGAGGACCUUUGACAGCAUUGUCAACAAGGAUCACAAGAGAAUGUUUGGAACCUACUUCCGAGUUGGUUUCUAUGGAUCCAAAUUUGGGGAUUUGGAUGAACAGGAAUUUGUUUACAAAGAGCCCGCAAUUACCAAGCUUCCUGAGAUCUCACACAGACUAGAGGCAUUUUACGGUCAAUGUUUUGGUGCAGAAUUUGUGGAAGUGAUUAAAGACUCCACUCCUGUGGACAAAACCAAGUUGGAUCCUCACAAGGCCUACAUACAGAUCACUUUUGUGGAGCCCUACUUUGAUGAGUAUGAGAUGAAAGACAGGGUCACAUACUUUGAGAAGAAUUUCAACCUUCGGAGGUUCAUGUACACCACCCCGUUCACCCUGGAGGGGCGGCCUCGGGGAGAGCUGCACGAGCAGUACAGAAGGAACACGGUCCUGACUACCAUGCAUGCCUUCCCCUACAUCAAGACCAGGAUCAGUGUCAUCCAGAAGGAGGAGUUUGUUUUGACACCGAUUGAAGUUGCCAUUGAAGACAUGAAGAAAAAGACCCUGCAGUUAGCGGUUGCCAUUAACCAGGUGCCCCCUGAUCCAAAGAUGCUUCAAAUGGUACUGCAAGGCUCUGUAGGAGCUACUGUAAAUCAGGGACCACUGGAAGUAGCCCAAGUGUUCUUGGCUGAAAUUCCUGCUGAUCCAAAACUCUAUCGACAUCACAACAAGUUGAGGUUAUGCUUUAAGGAAUUCAUCCUGCGAUGUGGUGAAGCCGUAGAGAAAAACAAGCGUCUCAUCACACCAGACCAGAGGGAGUAUCAGCAGGAACUCAAAAAGAACUAUAACAAGCUAAAAGAGAACCUCAGACCAAUGAUCGAGCGGAAAAUCCCAGAACUCUACAAGCCAAUAUUCAGAGUUGAGAGUCAAAAGAGGGACUCUUUCCACAGAUCUAGUUUCAGGAAAUGUGAAACCCAGUUGUCACAGGGCAGCUAAGAAAAGUUAUCUUCAUUCGUGGAGACUGUGGCCCUGCAACCCUGGAGAAGGACUCGCUGGUACUUAAAAAAUUGGGACAUUUGCCACCAAGGAUUGACUGUACGCUCCCUGACCAGCCAGCACUCUGAAAGCUUUGGGAUCCAAGGAACCGUGGAAUGAUACCCAAAAUGGACUCUGACCAGAUUUUUGCCAUACUGGAGGAUGGCAGGGUGGAGGAUGGGUACUCAGGCAUGACUGUGUAUUUAUUUAAUUGUGUUUUUUCACAAUGUACCAAACAAGGCAUAAGCAACUUCUCCUGCUGAGAAGGAGAACUUCUCCUGGUCAGUCACUGCCCAUCUGAGACAUUAUUUCCUCUGGCCUAUAUUUGAUUUAUAGGAGUAACUCACAUUGCCUGAGGAAAAAUGGAAAAAUUAUCCACCAAUCAAUUCAAACUGAACUUCACUCUUUAUAGGAAGGGAGGGUGAACUUGUAGGAGUACAAAACAUUUUCAAUAAAUCUAUGAAGGGAAGCCUUACUGCAAUUCUAAAAAUCAUGAUGGUUGGAAAUUUGGGUGUAGAUUAAUUAUUUGUGAACUUGGUACCAUUUUGGUAGUGGUGGACUCAUUUUUGUAUAGUUAUUUUUGCUUUAUUAUUACUGUUAAGUUAACAUGCAUUUAUAGAGGAAUAUACUCAAAGCAUUGAUGGAGGAGAUACAUGGUACUUGGAGCAGUCAGCCAAAAAUUACAGAUACUGCUUUUACUUAAAUGCAAACAAUCCUCCUAUAAUGCUUUGCUUCU